UAAGUUCAAUAACAAAUCAACAAUCCACAGAAAGAAGUCAUGAACUAUAGUAAUAAAAUAACUGUUAAUGUCUGCUAAUUUUUUGUUUUUUAAGCUAUUUACAAAACUUCACUUUUUAGUUGUUUUAUUUAUAAUACUCAUGUUAAGAAACGUCCUCGCUAUGCCUCUUCAUUUUAAAUGCCGGUCUUCUUUAUAUCCUCGGUCUACUGUACAAAGAUUUCCAGUGCCUGAUGAUAAAGUUUCUUGGAAUGCAGAAUUUAUAGAAUACAAACCUCCUAAUUACACAUCUCCAUCAAUUCAUGGUCAAAAAUGGGCAGAUCCAGAAAUUGGUGAAACAAAUUUCAACCCAAAGUGGAAUAGCUUAGAUGGAACGGUAAACAGAGAAAGUUACAUGGGUUCAUAUAAUAUAGUGACUGGUUUUCCACAAAAUCCAGUUGGUCGUACUGGUAUUUGUGGAAGAGGUGUAUUAGGAAGGUGGGGUCCUAACCAUGCAGCUGAUCCUGUUGUAACGCGAUGGAAACAUACUGAGAAAGAUAAAAAGUACCUGCCCAUUCUUCAAUUUAUAGCAAUUAAACGAAGAGAUACUGGAGAAUGGGCAUUACCUGGUGGAAUGGUAGAUCCAGGUGAAAAGGUGGCAGCUACUGCUAUUAGAGAAUUUCAAGAGGAAGCUUUGAAUUCAUUAGAAGCAUCUGAAAGUGAAAAGCAAAUAUGGAAAGAAAAACUCGAAAAUUUCUUUAGUGGAGGCAUUAAAAUAUAUAGCGGCUAUGUUGAUGAUCCAAGAAAUACUGACAAUGCCUGGAUGGAGACAGUGGCUUACAACUUCCAUGAUGAAAGUGGUUCUAUAGUGAGUGCACUAAAACUGCAAGCUGGCGAUGAUGCCGUUGGUGUACAAUGGGUAGACAUUACAGAUAACUUAAAUCUGUAUGCAAGCCAUAAGGACAUAGUAAAUGCAGUACUUAAAAAAUUUACUUCAUAAUUUAUAAUAGAAUGUUGUGUUUACUUUUAAUUAAUCUCUUACUUACACUUA